CAGCGUUUGGAUUUGAGCGCUGGUCGGGGAUCGGAGGGCCGUCAGUUGUUGCGGUACUCGAGCAGCUGUGCACCUUCCCCGCAUCAGCACCGCGCGCUCUCCCUCUGAAAGCCGAGUGCGUAUCUACCCGGCUUUGUGUGCCACUCCUCAUCUACCCAAAGCCUUGUAAAUCGUUUGGUACGGAUUCAAGCCAUCGUAGUUUACCUCAAAGGGAUCCGUACGCAGGUUCGCAAAAGGGGAUAUACUUCACUUGGUAAAAUGGUAAAACUGGGGAGUAAUCUUCAAGACAAAGGCGCCAAAGCGGCUAGCGUAGAGGAUGGCUUCCAGAACGUGCCCCUCAUCACGCCUUUGGAUGUCUGUAAUCUCCAGUACCAAGCCCCAGACAAGGUGGUGGUGAAGACCAGGGCCGAGUACCAGGCGGAGCAGAAGAAGGCCAAGCUCAAGGUGCCAAAGGUGGAGGAGUUCACCAUCAGCAUCACCGAUGGAGUGUCCGAGAGACUCAAGGUAACCAUCCUCAUUGUGUUGGCCCUGGCAUUUCUGGCCUGUAUAGUGUUCCUGGUGGUGUACAAGGCCUUCACUUAUGACCACACCUGCCCUGAAGGCUUCAUCUACAAGCAUAAGCGCUGCAUCCCGGCUUCUCUGGAGGCGUACUACAACUCCCAGGAUGCCAACUCGCGGGGGCGUUUCUACACAGUCAUCAGCCACUACAGCAUGGCCAAGCAGACCAGCUCCCGCUCCGUCUCGCCCUGGAUGCCCGCGGGUGGCGCGCCUCACGACGGCAAGCCGCCCAACACAGACAGCCAGUGAGCGCCAGCCGCUCAGAACCUGCUCCACUCCGUUCGUUUCCUCAUCCCUUCAAUCAAUCAACAGGUCUGGAGCCCAGCAGUGUCUCUCUCUCUCUCUCUCCUUCUCUCUCUCUCCUUCUCUCUCUCUCUCUCUCUCUAUCUCUCCUUCUCUCCCUCUGUCCCCUAACAAUCAUCACAACAUCUGUGGGAUCCAUCUGAGAAUCAGUAGAUGUUAAUCUGUCAAAUCUCACCAUGAUCAUCCAACCAUACCAGCUAGUUUAUUAGCAGAAUGCGUUAGUGCCUCAUUUUUUUUCUCCCUGACUUUCUUUUCUCUUUUUUCUUUCUUCUCCCCCUCCCUCCAUUUCUUUCUGUGUUGAUGCUCUCCGUCAGUUCCAUUCAUUUAACUGAUGAGUCUAAUUGCUGUCUAUUUAUUUUUUAAUUUAUUGGUACUCCUGUUUUCUACUUGAUGAAAGAGGACUAUUUGUACAAAGGCAUGAUCUUAAAAACAAAUUCUUUUUGUUUUGUUUUUGUUUUUGUUUUUCUGCGUUGUUGUCAGAGAGCAAACAAAGCUCAUUGUUAACUUGUAGUUUAAUGACCUAAUGCUCAUUUCCGAAAAAUGUGACAAGAUCCAUGCUAUGACCAGGCUCAAGACGAGCUCGUUUUUAAUCUCAUUCUUAAUAUUGUCCACAUUGCCGCGUCAAUAUACUGUACAUGUUCUGUAAAAGAAUUUUCCAUGAAGAAAAUAUAUGUUUGUAUGAACUGCACAUGGAUGACGACAGUUAUGCUAAUAUUGAUGUUGAUGAAUUAUCAAAUCUCUACUUUGUAUUUUACCAUGACUGACUGGAGAAUGAACACAGCUUUUAAGAUCAUCGUACUGUAGUUCCUGACUUGAACCAGGGCGUGCAUACUCCACGACUCAUUACGGCAAUAGUAUGUUUCAUUGUGCAUAGUGCUGUUAAAUAUCCUGUUUUCUCAAUGACUGGAAUGGAAACAAACAAACAAAAAAAACACAAAAAAUCUGCAGCGCAUUUAAGAUGUGAGAGACACAUUGUCUGUGAGAUGCUGAGAGACAGGAGGAAGUGUUAAUAUAGAUGAAUGACACCUUGGAUAAUGGCUUGGACACGGAUCAGAUUGGUGGAAAAGCAUCUGUCCGUCUCUGUCUGAGCUCCCUUUGACACGCUUAGAUAUCCUCACUGCGGUUCAAUUUCAUUUCAUUUUUUAAUCCGUUGUCAGAAGAAGAAGAAGAAGAAGAAAAAAAACAGGUUUUGAACUAUUGUGCUGUCGUUAGUUGAUAUGUAGCAAAGUGUGGAGUAUCUUGAGUGUGUAUCCUUUAGAUUUGGACAAAAAAACAAUAAAACAUGACGUGUUAAGUAAA